CGUCACUUCACCUCGCCAUCACCCCGCCAUGUCCUGAGCCACCCCGACGCGAUCGCAUUGCCAGUCCACUCGCAUCUCUCCCUCCAACCUCUACAAACCACCUGCGCGGUCAUCGCGCCCAACCGCCGCUAUGGGGUACAUCAAGCAGAUCACCAUCCAGGGCUUCAAGAGCUACAAGGACCAGAUGCAAAUGGAGCCCUUCUCGCCCAAUUGCAAUGUCAUCGUUGGUCGCAAUGGCUCUGGCAAGAGCAACUUCUUCGCUGCUGUGCGCUUCGUCCUCGGCGAUGACGACCAGUUCAUAAGCCGCGAAGAGCGUACGAAUAUGCUACAUGAAGGCUCCGGCUCCGCUGUCAUGUCUGCAUACGUUGAGGUGUGCUUCGACAACACCGAGGACCGUUUCCAGACGGGCAAGCCCGAGUUCUUCUUGCGCCGGACCAUUGGCGCAAAGAAGGACGAAUAUUCAGUCAACCGCAAAAAUGCCACCAAAUCCGAAGUCCAGCAGAUACUCGAAUCCGCCGGUUUCUCGCGAUCAAACCCCUACUACAUCGUUCCCCAGGGCCGUGUCACAGCACUCACCAACAUGAAAGACUCGGAGCGGCUACGACUACUAAAAGAAAUCUCCGGCUCCAACGUAUACGAGACGCGACGCGCUGACAGCGUGAAACUACUCGCCGCCACGGACAGCAAAUGCAGCAACAUCGACGAUGUAGUGGCGUCGAUCAACGAGCGCCUAGACGAGCUAGAAGGCGAGAAGGAAGAGCUGGAGGCAUGGAGCAGGAACGAUAAGGAGCGACGAUCUCUGAUGUAUACACUCAAGACGCGCGAAGAGGCCGAUCUCGAAGACCUGAUCGAAAACAUCGACCGUUUGGACAGCCAAGGCCGUGAGAUGCGGGAGAACAACGAGGCAAGCUUCCUGCAGAACGAGACCGACAUUGCUCAGAUUGAGACCGACAUCAACAAGCGGAGAGGCGAUCUCGACGUUCAGCAGGCAGACCGCGUGCAGUCAGAGAAAGACCGAAAGUCUGCUUCGCUAGAAAAAGCCAGAGUUGAGCUUGAACUCAAGGCCUUGCAGGACAACCAGUCUGCUGCACAUCAAACGAACAAGUCACGCGAUGCACAAAUUAAGACCAUCCAGCAGCAAAUACGUACACGCGAAGCCGAGCUUAAGCAGCUACUGCCCCAGUACAAAGCAAAGAAGGAGGAGGAGGAGGCUGUCCGAUCACAGUUGAUGGAGGCUGAGGGUCAACGGAAGCGGCUGGAGGAGAAGCAAGGCCGCACAGCUUUCUACAACAACAAGCGAGAACGAGAUGAUGCACUGCGCACACAGAUCGACGAGACAAAUGGUGAUCUGAGCCGUCGCAAGGCCGUCUUGAUGCAAACCAAUGAGGAAAUCGUACAAAUUCAGAGCGAUGUCGAGCGAUUAGAAGGCGAAAUUGCGGAGCUAAGGUCGAUCAUCGAGAGCGAGGGAGACGCGAGUGUGAAUCUCGCGGCGAAGAUAGAGCAAGCGAAAGAUGCCUUCAAAGCCAUACGUGAUGAGCAGAAUAACCUUUACCGAGAAGAGAACCGGGUGAACAGCCAACUCUCAAAUGCCCGCAACGAUCUGAACAAAGCCGAAGGCACCUUGUCACGCUUGCUAGAUCAUGGUACCAGCCGCGGUCUAGAAUCGUUGCGUCGGUAUCAAGCAGAUGGCGGCCUCGAGGGCGUGCAUGGCACCAUUGCCGACUUGCUCCAGGUGUCGGAGACAUAUAGGACGGUGACGGAGAACGCAGCAGAGGGUGCUCUCUUCAAUGUUGUCGUCGACAACGACAGGGUCUCUAGCGCGCUCAUUGACAGACUUAUCAAGGAUAGGGGUGGACGUCUCACUUUCAUACCUCUAAAUCGCGUUCAGGUGUCUAACAUACAACCCCCGACCAAAGGGGACAUGCAACCCCUGCUUCCAAAAUUGACGUACGACGACCGCUUUGACGUUGCGUUCAAGCACGUCUUUGCAAAGAUUGUUGUCUGUCCUAACUUGGACGCUUGCAAGAGCUAUGCGAAACAGUACAAUGUCCGGGCAUACACUCCAGAUGGAGACAAUGCGUCGCGAAAGGGACAGUAUCGAGGAGGAUAUCACGAUCCUUCCAAGUCUAAGAUCAACGCCUACCAAAAAGUCAUUGAGGCUCGUGCGCUUUGCGAGGAGUUGCAACAACGCAAGCGUGACAUUGCGAAUCAAUUGGAACAGAAGCGUCAACAGGCGACUGCUGCGUCUAGUGAAACCCGAAGACGAGAACACGAGAGAAGCAAGGGCGAGAAUAGUUAUGGACCGAUGCGAGAAGAGCUUCGGGUCAAGAACAAAGCACUGCAAGAUGCUCGGGACAGCCUCGCAAGGAAGCAAGGGACCGCUUCAAACCUGCAAUCAGCUAUCAAUGAGCUCGGUGCGCGACAGAGCGACUGGGAGACUGAGAUUGCUUCCCCGUUCGAGAAGGCGCUAUCCAGAGACGAGGAACAGAUGCUCAUCACACUCAGGAGCACUGUGCAAGAUCUGAGGCGUCAAUCUGCGCGAAUCCAAACAGAACGGACCACCCUCGAGAGCCAGAAGGUCGAGGCUGAGCUCGAACUGAACGAGAACCUGCGACCAGAGCUUGAUAACCUACAAUCACAGCAAGGUGGUACGGGUGGUUCAACGAAUCAAACGACGCAUUUACGGGAAUACGAACGUGCACUUGAUGCCGCAAAUCAGACUAUUGCGGUCCUCGAUCAACGAAUACAAGAGAUUGACGCUCAAAUCGAAGACAUUCGAGCUCAGCUCGCUGAGCUGGAGACGACAAAAUCCGAGAAGGAAUCGAGCAACCGGCAGAUCGCUAAAGCCCUGGAGAAGCAUGAGCUGGCCAUGUCCAAGAAAGACUCUGAUCGCAGUCGGCAUACAGACCGACUUGCUGAGGUCAAGCGGAGUAUUCGGGAUCUGGGAACUCUACCCGAAGAUGUCGACCGCAAGUAUGCACGAUGGGACACAACCAAGGUCACCAAGGAGCUCACCAAGGCCAACCAAGCGCUGAAGAGUUUCGCGCAUGUCAACAAAAAGGCCUUUGAACAGUACGAAAACUUCACACGGCAACGCCGCACGCUCAUUGACCGCCGCGCCGAACUCGACACGUCCCGAAAGUCUAUCGAAACGCUCAUUGACACGCUCGAUCAGCGCAAGGACGAAGCCAUCGCUCGCACCUUUCGCCAAGUCGCUCAAGCGUUCAAAGAAGUCUUUCGAGAGCUCGUAACAAUUGGCCAAGGCCGGCUCAUCAUCAACCGCAAAUCCGACCGCGACGUUCGCCACCACGACUCAGACGACUCAGACGAGAGCGAAGAGGAAACGCAGGCCAAGAAGGGCAGCAAAGUAGCAGAGUACACGGGUGUAAGCAUUGCCGUAUCCUUCAACAGCAAACACGAUGAGCAGCAAAAGAUUAGCCAACUUUCAGGCGGCCAAAAGUCAUUGUGUGCACUUGCUCUCAUCUUCGCGAUUCAGAAAUGCGACCCGGCGCCCUUUUACCUCUUUGAUGAAAUCGACGCAAAUCUCGAUGCGCAGUACCGUACUGCGGUCGCACAGAUGUUGAAGAAGUUGUCUGGACAGGGUGGCAAGACGGGCGAUGGGGGAGGACAGUUUAUCUGCACGACGUUCAGACCAGAGCUGGUGUUGGUGGCAAAUCGGUGCUAUGGCGUGACCUUUUUCAACAAGACGAGUAGUAUUGGUGUCGUGCCGAGAGAGGAGGCGAUGAAAUUCAUAGAGGAUGUGGAAAAGACGUGAGAUGGAAUUUGUUUCCGGUUCGUAGUGUGUAACUGGCUCCUUUCUCGCUCCGAUAGGUGGUGGAUGGUGGUUACCUUGUUUCAUUGAAGAGGUAUCUGGCGUUAUCCGCCUCUCUCUAUACCAAGAAUCUUUCUUUUCAGAGCCAACAGCAACUUUGCACUGUUCAUUUAUGCAUACCGUAACCCACUAUCUACCUUUUGUACACUCCAUGAACGUGUCUGAGUAUAAAGCUAAGGAACGCGUCCUAGGUGGAGACAAUUGGACAUGGACGAAUUAUACAUGAGACUAGGCCAUAGGGAAGU